GUUGAAAUAGCUCUCAAUCAAGCUUGCCGCUUAAAGGAUUCAUGGAAUGAAAUUGCCCUCGCUGAUCAUUCUUCUCUCAUUCAUCUCGCUCUACACACGAUGCUAUUGCUCUCUACUCAGAGAUUUCUCAAAGAAUUCAAUCGCUCCGUUGUUCCUGGACACUCGCUCGAUUAUGAUUGUUCCUGACCGCAGAAAGAUUCGCCCAUAAAUAAAUCACUGGAUAUUCUUGGCCUCCCGCUCAACUCUUAUCUCUGGUUCAGUUAUUUCGCUCACUCCCCUAGCUUUAUACGCUCGAUUGGCCAAGUUUCCUUUAGUUCGAUUUAUCUACUAACAUACUAGCAUGAUUUAAUCGCUCAACUUUAUUUCACCAGGUAACUUUAGAGCCCGUUUGGAGAACUCUGUUUUCGGCUUAUCAGGCUUAUCAGCCAGCUUUUUCAUCAAACACGUAACUUUUACUUUCUCGCGCUGAAUUGUGUAAUAAGCCGAAAAAGUAAGGUUGGAGUUACUUUUCUGGCUGUAUUGGCUGAAGUUACUGUAGAGGACCAUUUUAGCUAUUUUUACAUAUAAUUUUUUCUUUAAUUUAUUAUUAAAAUAUAUUUUUAAGAUAUUUUUUUCUUAAAUCAGCAGAAUCAGCCAAAACAGCCACUCCAGCCAGAAUAUCAUAAAUUUCAGCAGAAUCAGCCAAAACAGCCGAUUUUGGUGCUACCAAACGGGCUCUUAAUCUUCAUUAUCGAUUAUUCUCAUCUUCUUGUCUUAACCACUUUUCAGAAAUUUAUAAGGUUGAUGCAUAUUUUAUUUAUUAUUCCCAUCUGUUUGGUUGAUUUUCUUUGUUGAUUUGCUUUGUUGGUCUUCUUUGAUUUCUUGGUUGAAUCACUAAAAGUUUUAUGCGUUAUGUGUGCUGGGUUUUGAAAGUAUUCAAAAUGCUAAACCUGCGCCAGGUAAAGUAUUAUGGGCAUAUAUUUACCAGAAGCUGAUUAAUACGCUUGAAAUGCUAUAUGUGAUGUGAAGAUGAAAUUCAUAGUUGAAUUACAAUCAAUUAAAGCACUAUUAAAUGAUUACAUCUGAAGGUCAUUUUUAUUCUUCUAGCAGGUCCAAAUUACUGUAAUCUAGAUGAAAAAUUAGAUAUGGGAGUCUCACUAGCUUAAUUGUGUUACCUCAACAUUAAAAGAUAUAAAAAAGGAUUGUGAGUUAGAUAUGAUAGUCUCAUUAGCUUGGUAAAGGCUGGUUUGCAACUGCUUAAAAAAAGCAUUUCCCGGCUUUUGGCUUAAAAAGCACUUAUUUGCCAAACACUACCAAUUUUUACUUUUCAAAAUCACUUUUUUCUCAAACACCAUCAACUUUUACUACUAACCACUUUUUCCAAAUCACUCCAAAAAUGCUUUUUUUAAGCAGAAGCAGUUGCAAACACUCCCUAAAUAGAAAAGAUGAACAUCAUAUUCUAACUAAUCUAUGAAUGUCAUAUGGUAAGACCUUUCAUAUAUAGCAGUAAUAAUAAUUGUCAACUGCACGUAAUGUCAUUCAUGCUUCUCCAUCCGAUUAACCCAGUUUUAUUCAACCAAUAACAUUAAUUAGUUUUGUUAAAUUAGUAUGCAGUUUUAUUAAACAGUUUCUAACUUGUAGCAUCAGUAACUAGUUUGUUUAAAUCUGAAUCCUUGACCAGUAACUACUUCAGUAGUUAGUAUUGUAAUUUGAAAAUUUUCAUAUUGAAGGUGGCAAAUCUUUUACUUCUCAGAAGAGUAGUGUGAUUGAAAAAGAGAGACGAAGAAACAUUUUGGUUGAUGUUUCAUGUUUGUGAUGAUAAAAUACAGUUGCGUCCAAGAGGUCAAUGAGAUCCAAAUGGUAGUACAAAAUGUUUGAUGCUCAAGUCUCGAGAUCGGAUUGUGGGUUUGGAGGAGGAAUAAUGCGGUGAGAUAUUAUUGGGUCAUUACCUAAUCUAGAAGAUCUUCAAGCUGAGUUAAAUGCUUCUAAAAAACAGAACCAAUUUCUCGCCAAUCAUGUGGAGACGAUUCAAACGCGGUAAGAUGUUAAAAUGUUAAAUUUUAUAGCUUGCAUUUCUCAGUACGUUCCAAGUGAAUUCUGAAGUCUCAGUUUCUAAUUAAUACCUUAACCAAAGUGAUGCAUAUAUAUUAAAGAAUGGAAUUUGCCAGUUCUUAAGUAGGUGUGCUAUUGGGUAAUAUAGUUUUGUUUAAGAAGUAUUUUGUUUCUCCAAUGAGUGUUUAUCAUUUUGCUAGAAAAUCUGAUAUUUGCAGGGUUUCAAAGAUGAGAUGUUACAACAAUGUCAACGAGCAUAUAAGAGUCAUGGCACGUGAAGAAGAUAAUUUUGAAGUCAAAAGAGCUAAAGGAUCAAGCACGAAAGCAAACACGAGCGAAAAGGGGAAAAACAGUCAAAAAGUCAACAUAGAAGGUUCGCAUGCCGUGUGGACAGGCCCCCUCACACCGUGUAGACAGGCCCCACACGCAGUGCGGAUGAGGCAGGGCUUAGGAAUUUUUGGACGCAAGAUCCGCACGCCGUGCACGCUAUUUUGAAGAUCCCUGGAAGGUCCACAUGUCGUGCGGACGUGACCCGCACGCUGCGUGGAGGAAUUUUCGGCCAAUUUUUGUUGUUUUCUAUUAAAUCCAGUCUAUUUUCAUCUGUUUUUCAUGAUGAGCUUAGAGAAAAAAACCUUAGGACGA